CAGAGAGAAGGAGACCGUCCUAAAUCCGCCCUGCCGGGAGCGGCGAGGAGACCGGAGGAGGCGUGUCUAGGCCGCCAUAGCUUCCGCUCCCGGAGAGCGCGAAAUGCGAGCGGGUGGCGCAGCCGCCGAGCCCGGCGUCCGCCCUUCCUGGCCCCAGCCGGCUUUGCAUUGCUCCCCAGGAGCUCAGCGUUCAGCGAGUCCCUCUGGGGGGACACCCGAUAAGUGGGGGUCGGGGCAGCCUGAGCGGUUUUUACUUGCUUUUCCCUUCUCGUAGCAGAAGCAGCGCUUAAGUUCUGGAACUAGUGACUCAGUAUCAUGGCCAGCAGCCUUAAUGAAGAGCCAGAUGGAAGCAGAGUGCGUAAGAACUGCGGAGUAAUUGAGAUCACCUAUGUGAAAGGAGACCUUUUCGCAUGUCCCAGAACAGACUCUCUAGCCCAUUGUAUCAGUGAGGAUUGUCGCAUGGGAGCUGGGAUAGCAGUCCUCUUCAAGAAGAAAUUUGGAGGGGUGCAGGAACUGAUAAACCAACAAAAGAAAUCUGGAGAAGUGGCUGUUCUGAAGAGAGAUGGGCGCUAUAUAUAUUACUUGAUUACAAAGAAAAGGGCUUCACACAAGCCAACUUAUGAAAACUUACAGAAGAGUUUAGAGGCCAUGAAGUCCCAUUGUUUGAAGAAUGGAGUCACCGACCUCUCCAUGCCCAGGAUUGGAUGUGGUCUUGAUCGUCUACAAUGGGAAAAUGUGUCUGCAAUGAUUGAAGAGGUAUUUGAGGCAACAGACAUCAAAAUUACAGUGUACACACUCUGAACAGGCGAACAUUGUGGAUGUUUCCAUGUUCUUCAUCAUCCCUACUUGGUCAUAGGAAUAAGAAACUGACCUUAAAACAGGCAGAGGAAAAUUUUCAUGAGAAAGCAUCUGUGUCAUAUGCAAUACUUGGGUUUCUGUAUUCCAGUACUCGUGGGACUCUGGAGGAAGGAUUGCUUGGAAUAUGUUACUGGGUGGUUUUUUGUGUGGGAAGGUCAGGAGUAGUGGCCUAUACUGAGCCAGGAAACUUAGUAGGUAGCUCUGUGAUCUGUUGGCUCCAGUAUGCUGGCUAAUUUGUUUGGCCACUAGCUGGCAGCAUUGAUUAUUUCUCUGCUCUUUAAGAAAAAUUUCAGGAAGGGGGAAGGUUGGAGUUACUUUGGCAUCUUUUGUCCUUUGUGCACUUAACUUGGUAUUAUUCUUAUAUCAUUGGAUUUAUCCUAAGAGAGAAGUUGGGGUUUUGUUUUUGUUUUUAUUACAGAAUUGAGGCCUACAUUGUUAUCAAGGAAUUUGUGGUGACAAAGGAGGAAAAAUAAAUAUUUUUC